ACACACACAGACACACACCACACGCAGCGUAAACGCACAGUUCUGGUUUACAGGAACAACUGAUCGGGUUGAGGACAUCUGCCGUAUAAAUGUAAAGAGGAAGUAGCGAUGGAUCUCAGUGAAGAGGAGUCGGCCCCUCUGGUGAUCAGAGACCGGGGAGGCAGCCAGAGGUCCAGCUCAAGCACUGGUCCCAGUUUACAAGUACACCUCUACUUCCUCCCGACCACAAAGGAGGCCACAACGAUACAUAUUUUGUGUGGACAGAUCUCUGCUGAAAAUGUCUGCAUCCAAGUAGGCAAAAAAUGUGGAAUCUUACCAGUUUACCAAAGUCUUUUUGGUUUGGCGUCAGAUGAUCUGUCAUUUUGGUAUCCUCCAUCACACAUGUUCAACACAGAGGAAAACACAACAGUCCACUUUAGAGUCAGGUUUUUCUUUGGAAACUGGUUUGGACAAGGACCAAGAGCAUCAUACCGCUACAGUCUGACCCGAGGCAGAAUCACUCCAGUGCUUGACUACAGUGUCAUUGAGUAUCUAUUUGCUCAGCUGCGAAGCGACUUUAUUGCUAGUGAGGCAGGAGUGUCUCCACCUUUGAGUGCCCAAGAGGAAUGCCUCGGCCUUGCAGUGUUGGACUUGUGGAGAAUGGCUAAAGAGCGCCAUCAGAGUGUAAAAGAGCUCUGCAAGACUGUCAGCUACAAAUCGUGCCUUCCAAAGUCACAUCGCCACGAGAUCCAGAAACGAAACCGGCUGGAUCGUUACCGAAUCAGAAACACCCUCAAGUGUUUCUUAAAGAAGCUUGGCACCUGCUCAGUAGAUGAGUGCAGCUUGAAGCUCAGGUACCUGAUCGAACUGGCUGGCAUCGAACCUUCCAUGGGAAGCGAAACCUACCGAGUGAAUGUGUCUUCCUCUCAUUCGAAGUCAGCUUUCUCUCUUGUGCGGGUCACUGGAGGAACUGGAAUUCAAACCAGUGGAAGUUGUCCUCCUGAUGGUGUUCUGAAAGUAAAGGAUCUGAUCAUCUCAGCCCAGCUGACUGACUGGCAGACAUUCUGUGAUUUCAAAGAUAUCAUCGACGUCAGCAUAAAAAGGGCUUGCCAUGAGCAGGCUCCUCAAGACAGCAGGAUGGUGACAAUUACACGCAACGAUGACAGAUGCUUGGAGGCCAAGUUCCAGAGUCUCAAGGAGGCACUUUCAUUUGUGUCGCUCGUUGACGGCUACUUCAGACUGACCACAGAUUCAAGCCACUACUUCUGCCAAGACAUUGCUCCUCCAAGUCUUUUGGAAGGGAUCAAAAACCAUUGUCACGGCCCAAUCACAUCGGAGUUUGCCGUCAACAAGCUGAAAAGGUCAGGAUUUAAAGGUGGCACGUUCCUUCUUCGGCAGAGUCCCAAAGACUAUGACAACUUCUUCCUGACUGUUUGUGUUCAGACUCCCCUUGGACUUGAUUAUAAAGACUGUCUAAUCAUUAAGAAUCAGCAGUUCAGUCUUCCUGGUGUGCAGAAAACAUUUUCCAGCCUGAGAGAGCUCACCAGCCAUUACCAACACAACAAGCUCUUACUGGCUGAAGUACCUGUCAAGUUGGGCCACUGCUGUCCACCCCGACCCCAAGAGCUCACAAACCUGAUAAUCAUAAGCAACAGCAGCGCUGUAGAAGCUCAGGGGUCACCGACAACUGAAAGGACCAAAUUCAGUCACAUCCAGUUCCACAUGAUCAAAUAUGAAGACCUGCAAUGGGAUGAAAGCCUCGGUCAGGGAUCCUUCACUCGAAAUUUCAAAGGCUACAAAAUAGAUGUUCAUGAUGGGAAGAAGCAUGUGACCGAAGUUUUCCUGAAAGAGCUUGAUGUGGCUCACAAAAACUGCUGGGAGUCUUUCUUUGAAGCUGCCAGCUUGAUGAGCCAGAUCUCUCACAAACACCUCCUUCAUGUAUAUGGCGUUAGUGUUCACCGAGUAAAAAACAUCAUGGUGCAGGAGUUUGUCGAGUACGGGGCCCUUGACCUUUACUUGAAGAGGGGGACAUCUGUGUCAGUGAGCUGGAAACUUGACGUAGCCAAACAGCUCGCGUCUGUGCUGUUCUUUCUGGAGGAACAGAACAUCGUUCAUGGAAAUAUCUGUGCAAAAAAUCUGCUGCUGGCCAGAGAAGGAGACCCGUCACAAGGCAGCUCUCCUUUCAUCAAGCUGAGCGACCCUGGCAUCAGUGUGGUCAUGCUUGGCCAGGAUGUGAUCCUGGACAGGAUCCCCUGGGUGGCCCCUGAGGUGCUGGAGGCCCCGGACAACCUGACUCUGGAGUGUGAUAAGUGGAGCUUUGGUGCCACUGUGUGGGAUAUCUUCAACAAUGGAAACAACCCACUGCAAGGCUUGGAGCUGAAGCAGAAGCGGAAGUUUUAUGAGAACUGCCACCAGCUGCCUCCCUCCCAGUGGACCGAGCUGGCUGACCUCAUCAGUCAGUGUAUGGACUACCAUGCAGCCUUCAGACCUUCCUGCCGCAGCAUCCUUCGUCAACUCAACAGUCUGAUCACUUCAGACUAUGUGAUACUACACUCCACUGAGCCGGUCACACAGAGCCCUGCGUGGAGAGGCCUCAACCAGGCCCAACACGACCAGGCGCUGUUUGAGGAGAGACACCUACGCUACAUCUCCCUUCUGGGGAAAGGAAACUUUGGGAGCGUUGAACUCUGCCGAUACGACCCGCUGGGCGAUCACACGGGCGAGUUGGUGGCUGUGAAGAAGCUGCAGCCCAAUAAGCAGUCGACCCUGGAGGACUUCAAGAAGGAGGUCAACACCCUCAGUGUUUUCCACUGCGACUACAUCGUCAAAUACAGAGGAGUCUGCUACAGCGCGGGUCGCCUCAGUAUGAGUCUGGUGAUGGAGUACCUCCCCUACGGCAGCCUCAUUGGCUACUUGGAUAGUUACCGACAUAAUGUUAACACCAGGCGGAUGCUGCUUUUUGCUUCUCAGAUCUGUAAGGGGAUGGAGUACCUGCAGUCCCUGCGUUAUGUGCACAGAGACCUCGCAGCCAGAAACAUCCUUGUGGCCAGUGACACGCUGGUGAAAAUUGCAGACUUUGGACUGACCAAGAUUAUUCCUUUCGACAAGGAGUACUACCGAGUCACUCAGCCUGGAGAGAGCCCCAUUUUUUGGUACGCUCCUGAGUCCAUCAGUGAGUUCAAAUUCUCCCACAAGUCAGACGUCUGGAGUUUUGGAGUCGUUCUGCACGAGCUCUUCUCCUACUGCGACAUGAACUCCAACCCAAAGAGACUAUACAUGCAGGAGAUUGGACACAAUGUGCAGGGUCCAUCCAUUUCAGUGCAUCUGGCAAAUAUUCUGAAGACUGACUGGAGGUUGCCGGCUCCUCCAAACUGCCCGCCCAAGGUGUACGUUAUGAUGAAGGAGUGCUGGGGGUAUGACUUCGAGGAGCGGCCAUGUUUCUCCAACCUGGGAAACCAAAUUGAAACCAUCAUGCAGGACGAGAGAGAGAGCCUGAAAGGCUAACGAGGAGUCUCGGUGCAUCUCAUGGUUAAACUGAAGGUCGCCAAAAGCCCUUUUCCCAUGAACAAGGACUGAGGAGGAUCAUCAUGAACCUCCACAUAAGAGAAGAUUUAUUGAUCACGCAUGAGCAUGUUGUUGGGUAGUUUUUAAUCAAAAGCUGUUUUUGUUCCCAGUAUCAUUUAAAAACAAGCAGAUUUUGUGUAAAUUCCUGCCUCACCAUGACGGAGGCCAACAAAAGGCAGAUGAAAAAUAAAAGUUACCUGGAUGUAACUUCAGUUCUAUGAGUAUAUGUGUAAAAUCUCUCCCUUAACACACUUUUAGUCCUACUGUGUCCUAUGUAAGAUCUUAGCGUGGCUUAUUUCAUUGUGGCUUACUUGUGGUCAGAUACAUUAGAAUAGUCAUAACGUGUAGGAAGAAAAACUGUUUAAAUGCGCAAAAGCCCUCAUUUAAGUUAUUUUUGUCAAAUGAAUUAAAACAUAUUCAA